AUGUGCGAAGCGUUUCUAAAACAGCGAAACGGACUUUUUGAACUCAAUCCCCUUCUGUUUGAAUACACGAGCCUAAAUCUACUCAACUUGUGUGUGUUUCUAAUAGGAAAAAAAACAACAGAAGUCUUCAUUCCGAAAGCGAAAAAAGACAAGAGAGGAGAAAAAAAGACUCAGCGGUGGCCCAGCCGACAAGUAGCCACAGCAGCAGCCUCGGCACGACGGCCCGCCAGGCCUCACGCAAGGCCAACGCAGCAGCAGAAGCAGCGGCUUGCGCCUCGUUCUUAGCCACCCACGGCGGCAAAGGAAGAGCGGGCGGCCAGACCGCACGACGCAACUGA